AUUUCAAUUCCUGGGAUAACCAAUGCAAUUGAAUCAUACAAAUAGAACAUAAGCACGGGGAAGAUUCCACAUCUGUGGGAGGAAAAAACAGAGUGGAAAACAUGGAACGGUUGUCAGUGGUGUGGUGCUCGGUGGCGGUGCUAUUGUGCGCCGUGGCAGGCGCAUCGUGGUUGGAGGAGUCGAACCCAAUCCGAAUGGUGUCGGACGAGGUACGACAGGUGGAGGCUGAGGUGGUUGGGGUGAUAGGGCGUUGCAGGCACGCGCUUUCGUUUGCGCGGUUCGUUCACAGGUUCGGGAAGAAGUACCGAAGCGACGAAGAGAUGAAGCAGAGGUUCGAGAUAUUCUCAGAAAACCUAAGGUUCAUUCGUUCAACCAACAAGAAGCGCUUGUCCUACACUCUCGCUGUUAAUCAUUUGAGUGAUUUGACUUGGGAAGAGUUCCAAAGACACAGAUUAGGCGCUGCCCAAAAUUGCUCUGCCACUCAUAAGGGCAACCACAAGCUUACCGAUGUUGUUCUUCCUCUCGAGAAAGACUGGAGAAAAGAAGGAAUAGUCAGCGCAGUCAAAGAUCAAGGCGGCUGCGGAUCAUGCUGGACAUUCAGCACAACUGGGGCUUUAGAAGCAGCCUAUGCACAGGCAUUUGGAAAGAACAUAUCUCUUUCUGAGCAGCAGUUAGUGGAUUGUGCUGGUCGUUUUAAUAACUUUGGCUGUCAUGGUGGAUUGCCAUCACAAGCCUUUGAGUACAUUAAAUACAAUGGUGGACUUGAGACAGAGGAAGCAUAUCCCUACACUGCAAGAGAUGGUGUCUGCAAGUUCUCAGCUGAAAAUAUUGCUGUUCAAGUUCUUAACUCUGUUAACAUCACCUUGGGUGCUGAGGAUGAGUUAAAACAUGCAGUUGCACUUGUUAGGCCAGUUAGUGUGGCAUUUGAGGUGGUGGAUGGUUUCCGACACUACAAGAAAGGAGUAUACACCAGUAACACUUGCGGUAGCACUUCCCAGGAUGUGAAUCAUGCCGUUCUUGCUGUUGGGUAUGGAGUGGAAGAUGGUGUCCCAUAUUGGCUCAUUAAAAAUUCAUGGGGAGAGGACUGGGGUGACAAUGGCUACUUCAAGAUGGAGAUGGGAAAGAACAUGUGUGGUGUUGCAACCUGUGCAUCUUAUCCUAUUGUAGCCUAAAUUGCAUAAAAUAUGGUCCCCUGUGACAAUCACCCUGCUCGUCAUAUUCCAGUAUAGAAGAUUAAAGAUGGUCUUUGUAUUGUGAUUACUGUUCCAUGUUGAUAUGAUGUUGAAGAUCAGUAAGAAGUUGCUAUAAACCACGUACGAAUAUCAUGGAGUAAAACGUUUGUUAUUGAGACAAAUAUGAUCAUAAAUCAGUUAGUUGUUAAAUAUUUGCAAUUUAUUUGUGCUCCCCGCUUUAAUUAGCAAGUUAAAGAUAGCAUCCGAUACUACUGCGCAAUAUAUCUUACAUUGUGAACACAGUCACAAGUAAAUCAAACUUUGCUCAGAUACUAUCAAUAGCCAUUUUUCUUAAGAUUUAUCUUAGUUCGUGUAGUAAAUGACCGCAACUUAAAUGAACUAAUUCUUAGUGCAUUUAGGAUGAAAUUAUUUAUCUCAUAAAAUUAUUUAGACAAACUAAGGGUGAGCAAAAUGGUUGUACCGAUCAAAAACUGAAAGAAUCGAACAAAAAUCAAGUGCAUUGGAUGGAUAAGAUCAUGUUUCAGUUUUUCUAGUUAAAGAAUUGUGUAUGGAUAUAAGGUGGAGUUGGGAUGACAUAAAUAUUUUUUAUCAGUAUCUAAACUUGGUUGAGGUUCAUACGAAAAAAUUAGACACAUUUAUUUGUGUUAUUUUUAUCUAAAAUUCUUCCAUUAUUAAUAUGAUUAUAAGAUAUAAAAGAAAUAUUUAAGAUAAAAAUUACUUGAAGAAGAAUAAUAAUAAACAUAAGUGCUUGGUCACUUGAAGAGUGAUGCUAGUACAAUUGAAUUAGAUUCCUUAUCUAUUAUUUAUUUAAUUAAUGUCUGAUGUUUUAAUAAAUGGCAAGAGAUUCCACUAACCACUAAUAAGUCUUAUCUGUGAUAAUUCAAGACCAUUUUUCACUUUGGACCAAAAUGAUUAGAAAAAUCAAUUCUUUAUUACUGUUUAUUCUAUUCACUCUUCUCCAUUAUUUUUCUUCCCCCUCUUCAUCAUCCAUCCAUUGCAACAGGAGGGGAGGGUCAAUGUUGUGCAUCACUCCAUGCGAGAUAGUCAACAGUAACAAAGAACAACCAUCUUUACCGCAUGCAGAGUCGAGAUGAUUCAGACCU